AUGAAGCCUUUAAUAUUUUUAUAGGAUAAAGCAGAACAAGAAGGCAUUGGAUUUAUUCCAUUUAAAGAUGAACUAGGAAUCUAAAGGGAUAGACAAAAAGGAACUUUUUCAAGAACAUAUAAUAAAAAAUAGUGAACAUAUUUCUGAUAGAACAACUUUCAAUACUUCCAAAACAUCUUAAAGGUAAUAAAUUGAAAGUUAUGGUGCAGCUUAACUCAUUUGUGUCACCAUGAUAAAACAAUUUAAUUAAAUAUUGAAAAAGAAUUCUUAGUUUAAAAACCACUCACAGAGUUGGAUUAAAAAUUAGAAUUUAACGAUGGAAUAAUGAGAGAGUUUACAAAUAAUAUAUGCAAUUCACUUUGAUUGGAAAAAAAUAUAAACUGAAAAUGAGAGUCGUCCUUUAGGGUAUUAUCAACUGUAAGAGAUCUUAAAAAGACAACCUAUGCUUGUUUUUAUGGAUCAAUAACUUCCAAAUGGAAAUAGAUUAUCCCAGCAUAAAUUCAGUAGAACUAAAGCAUAUACUGCAUAACUUGGUAUUAGGCCAAAAUUAUCACCAAUAAAGGCUCUCCAAUUCCAUAAGAGAUUCUAGAGAUAGCCUUUAAAGCUGAAAGAAUAAUAACGUAGCAAAAAUACAAAUAUAUCCCUUAAAUGGUUUUUGAAACAAAUCUCGAAAAUAUAGCAGCUAGAAUUAAUUGUAUAAGGUAAAAAAUCUUACAUUAAAAAAUAAAAAGUCUAUCGAAUCUAUUUUAUUUGACUUUAACUCUACAACAAUCAAAAAUAAUAUUUAAAAGUUUUUAUUCUAUAGUAUAUAGUUUUAUUGAAUUGUAAAAUAGUGAUAUUACCAAUUCAAUAAAAUUAGUGGAUUUAGAUAAUGUUGGACCUGUGAAAAAGUAUAAUUCAUAAAUAAAUUGUAUAGAAAUAGUCAUGCUAAUCACAAUUCAUAUUUUGAUUUAUUUGGUUUCUUUGGAUUAUGUAUUUGGUUAAUAUUGAAAUACUUUUUUGAAGGAUUUAGAUUCAAUUCCAUUAUUAUUAUGGCAGCAUGCAUAUUCUUUAUUUUUGAUAGAGUAUUCAAUCAUUUAAUAUUAAUAGGCAUUAUAAUUUGCAGAUAAAAUAUUAUGUAAAGUAGCAGCUGUAUUAACAAUUUUAUAUAUUUAUACUUUAAUAAGUUAUCCUGUUUAUUAAUUUCCAAAGACUACAGGUAAUUAUAGAACUUGUUAUAAACAAAUUAAAUUACAUGAUACUUAUUAAACUGAUGCAUCUGUUUAUUAUCCAUGUGUUGAUAAUUAAUAAGAAGAUAUUGAAUUUAAAUGGUUACCUGAUAAUAAAUUUGCUAAAUAAUUGUAUGAAAUAUCAGUUUUAUAAACUAAAUGGGUUCCAUCUGAAUGGGUAUUUGAUAUUGGAUUGGGUUUCUUAAAGUAAUUAAUAUAAUUUAAUAUAGUUUUAUUAAUUUUACAGCAAGUGUUGAAUAGCCAUUAUUAAAAGAAGAAUUAGAUGUAAUUAUAUUUAGUCAUGGAUUUUCAUAACAUAGAAAUGCAUAUACAGCAUUAUGUUAAUAAUUAGCAAGUGAAGGUUAUGUUGUAUUUUCAUUAUAACAUUAUGAAUUAGUAUAUCCUUGGGAUAUUAAAGCAACAAAAAUAUAUAAUACUGGUAAUCAUCCAGAUACAAUUGAAAAAUAUUAAAAAAUUAGAUCAUCUCAUUUAAAAUGGAGAACUGAAUAAGUUUAAUAAUUAAUUAAUACUUUGAAAUCAAAUCAAAUUAAAGAUGUAUUCUUUGAUUUUAACCUUUAUCAAUUAAUUUAAUUGGUCAUUCAUUUGGAGGUGCCACUGUUCUUAGAGUUGCUUAAGAAGUCAAUGUUGAUAAUGUUAUUGCUUAUGAUCCAUGGUUAUUCCCAUUUACUUAAGAAUAAAUGCAUAAAUAAAUCAAAUCUAAAACAUUGAUUCUUAGUAAAAAUAAAGUUAGAGUUAAAUAAGAAUGUUUUGAUCCUAAAUUACUAAAGGACUUUUUAGAUUUCAAUACAUCCAUUGAACAUUAUAAGAUAAAAGGUUUAGAUCAUGCUUAUCCAGUUGAUCUAACUUAUUUAAUUGCUGCUGAAAUGGUAUUAAUUGGUGAAUUAAGAAAUGAUGACAAUGUAUUCAAAAUCAAUAGUCUAAUCAACUCAUUAACAUCCAAGUUUUUACAAUAAAAAUUAUUCAGUAUUGAAGAAAAUAAAUUAUUUUGUUGA